CAGAUGGCACCGUACCGCAGCCAUCGAUGGGCGUAUCGUACCGUAGGGCGUGACGUCAGCUGUCAUAUGAUUCCCCAAACACAGCAGACGAAACCUUGCCUCCAGGAUGUCCGUGGCCGCAGCUCAGGCGAAGCUUAUUGCCGUGAUUGGCGAUGAGGACACAUGCGUUGGGUUCCUCCUCGGAGGCAUCGGUGAGGUCAACAAGAAGAGGGAACCAAAUUUCCUCGUGGUUGACAAAAACACCAGCGUCCAAGAAAUCGAAGACAGUUUCAAGAAGUUCAUGAAGAGAGAUGACAUUGACAUCAUCCUCAUCAACCAGAAUAUUGCCGAGCAGAUCCGUCACGUGAUCGACAGCGACAACGACAACCCCCUCCCCGCUGUGCUCGAGAUCCCCUCCAAAGACCACCCUUACGACCCCACCAAGGACUCAGUGCUGCGUCGGGCCAAGGGUCUGUACAGUGCCGACGACAUGCGUUAAGGUGCCAUGGGCUGAGUCUCAAGAGAGGGAGGGACGGAGGGGGUUAUGUGGUUGCCCUCCUCCCUCCCUCCCUCGUCCCCUUCCCAGAGCAGCAUUCCAUCAUGUCUGUCGAGUGUGUGUAGUUGUGAGGGCGUUUUAAAGACUAGCAAUUGUCAACUGUUUAAUGUCCGUCAAUGUGUAUCUUCUUCCGAAAAGUCAUUUUUUAACCCAUGGGGAAUCAAGGUUUGGUCAAUCCACUCAUGAACAAACUCCUAAUGCCAUUUUUUUUUUUUUUUUUUUUUUUUUUUUUUUUUUAUUGUGGUACAGUAUAUGAUUUUUAGUGAACAUUGAUAAUGAAAAAUGUCACUGUGUAAUAUAUUUAUGCAAUGCAGAUUUUUAUAUAAAUGUUAUUGUUGAGAGAUUUAAUUUGUGUCUGCAAUUUUUUAAGCUGAUGUGUUCCGUCAAGCAUCCGUGCACAAAGUAACCUGUAGAUAAUGUAGAUCUGCUCAUGAUUUUGUUAUUUUUUACUUAGGGAAAACAGGCCAACUCCUUCCACCCUUUUAGCAACACCUUCACACACUUCUACAUAUUGUUUUAGCAACACCUUUGUACACAAAUAAAUCUUGCAUCUCAAAAAGGUGUGGACUAAGAGCUCAUAAGAUGGAUUUUGGCUGAGAAAAUGUUUGCUGAAACUUUUAACUGUUAACUUUUGGGGGUAAAACAAUGGUGUACUUCAAACAAAGAGAUCACAUCCUCUUAGUGACUUCCAUUGCUUUUUUUCUAACCACAUGUUUGUUGAUAUUACUCUCUUAACUCCAUUAUACCUGGGACAGCUGGUGGAUACUUGUGGCUCUCCCUGAGUACUCAUUCUCACCCAUGUUGUAAUUUAACAUGUAAAUGCAGUUGGUGUCUUGUUUGUUUCAGGGGUUGUGCAUGCUGUAUAAAUACUGCUUGUUUGUCUUCUUUCCAUGGAAAAUCACUGUACAAAAUUACUGUCUAUAGGUGUUAGACAUGGGUUAUUGUUAAGUAUUGUAAAAUAAUAUAUGGUAAAAAUUAUGAA